AUGAGCCAGAAACUCACGUGGGCUCCGAUCAGGGAAGCCAGCGGCCGUCAACGCGAUAGGCCGGCUGGUAGAUCAGGCCAUACCAUCACUGCCAUGGGUCCGAAUGUGUACAUGUUUGGCGGGCUUGUGGAAGAUGCAUCGCCUGCUGGACCGACAGAUGAGAUGUGGCUGCUGACGAUGAGCUCAACCGAUGCCGAGUGGCACUCCUGCUCAAAGAAGACGGGCGUUCGUCGUUCUGUCUUCUAUGUCAUCAUCUCCAGGAUACUUGUGGUUGGUGGGUUCCAGUCCUCCAGCGCACGGCUAAGUGAUGUAUGGUUGUACAGCGUCGUCUCUCGACAGUGGGAAGAAAAAGCAACCCCUCCCGUACAAAAGGCGACCGCAUUCUCGUCUAGGGGGGGGCAUUCCGCUUGUUUUAUGGGCUCCCACCUUUGGGUCUAUGGGGGAUACGGUGGAACACUGUACAGCCGCAAGGACUUGGAAGACGUUUGCACGCUUAAUCUUGAAACGUGGACGUGGACGAAGGUAUCGCCAAAAGGUCGUGGGCCUGGCCGGCGAUCGGAGCACAGUGCAGCCGCCGUGGAUGGUACCAUGUUUGUAAUCGGCGGCCGUUCCACAACAACCGAGUUCAAGGAUAUGUAUGCGCUCGACACCGAAGCAGACCCGCCUGUGUGGGUGGAGGUGGAGCAGGGAGGAAUGGAUGUACCGCGUUGGUCGCACGCAAUGUAUGCGGUACAAUCUGUACCAAACUGGAAGAUUUUUGUGUUUGGUGGCGUCGGGGGUGAAAUCACGGACACGAACCGCCAGGGUACCUUCAUGAAUGAUGUGUCAAUAUUCGACACGGGUACGGAGCGCUGGAUUUUCCCGGACAUCCAGGGAGAUCCACCGCUGCCAAGAGGCGACAUGCAGCUCGAGUACUACCAACAGGGAGGAAAACUGAUCUUGUACGGCGGGUGGGCAAACCGGUGGUUCAGCGAUGGCUUUACUCUCGACGUGGGUUCAAUCGUCGGGCCACCAUACGCUGUCAUGGAUAUUAUUCCCGACAACGGCCCAAUCACGGGUGAAACCUUGCUAGAUAUCCACGGCAUCGACUUCAUCAACACGGAAGAUGUAAAGAUCCGCUUCUCGUAUCGCAAGCUCUUCAUCGACGUGAGAGGGACAUUCGUCAGCCAGACACGUCUCACCUGUUCGACCCCGAACUUCACGAACACCGGUAUACCUCCCGGCACGGUGGAUGUUCGAGUAUGUCUUGCGGGUGAGAGUUUCACCACCACCAAGGCAAAGUUUACGUUCUUCCCCGUUACGGACGCCAACUUCAGCUUUAUGUAUGGACCAAGCCUCCUCGAGGAAGGCGUGCCCGGGCGUGAAACCAUGUUCAUUAUUCAGGCGCGAGAUGGGAGCAACCACGACCGUCAGUUCGGAGGCGACCAGUUUGACGUCAACAUAUUCUUCCUCAUGGACGAAAACUACGAUGAAGACGAGACGGGCUGGAGUGCACAGGAAGAUGACAACCGGAGCGCUACUGGACGAGACGAGCAUCAAAGAUCGAGAAUCACGGUCCGACGAAACGAAGACUGCAAAGACGGCACGUACGUCAUCAGCUGGGUGCCGCCUGCUCCGGGCGAGUACGAAAUAUCUGUCGACUUUCAGGGGACGUUCGGCGGAGUGGCAGGGCCGGUGAGGGGGUCUCCUGUUGCAGCCAGAUUCCAGAAGGGCCAACCGGCGGAGAACAACACCAUGUCGGGACCAGCCAUGAUUAAGGAAACAACGGCGGACAUAAAGUCGCUCUUACAGUUCGCAACGAAGGCAAAAGAGGGGAUCAAGCGGAAAAUCGCCACGGGGACGGAUAACAGUGAGGUCUUCAAGGUCGUCGUUUCUGUCCAACGCCAACUUAUUCUCUUCCACGAAAGAAAAGAAGGAAUGCAGUUACUCAUGGACAGGAGCCUUGCGGUGUUGGCGCAUCUACGGAAGGAAGAGAUACAGGUGUCGGAGAUUGAGGUACAAGCGAGCCGGGCGUCAUCUUUGAUGGCUGACCUCAAGCAGAUCGUGCCUGAUGUGGAAUUAGCACUGGGCCCUCUUCUCAAGGCACAAGCCCCCAAGCUCAAGACCGACGUGCUGGAAAUGGAAAGCGUUUUGAAGGCAAGAUGCGACGCGGUCAGCGUUGGCGAGUACACGUUAUGGGCUACUGGACCUGAGACCGCCUUGGACAUGUUGCGGGCUGCUGACGAGGCCUUCGAGACUGAGAGAGAAAAGGCGAAGGAGGUCGAUGCACUGGCACAGAUCUUUCGGGUAUCCGACGACUUGGUCAAAUCGCGUCUGCUCAUCUCACAGGCCGGGGAGCUAUUUGAGUCGUUCACACUCCUAUGGCAAGAAGCUCGCACGUGCAUCGACACGAUUAAAUUCUCCGAGGCGAUCGUGUGGAACGAUCUUAUUCCGGAAGGGUUCGAGGACACUGCAUUGGCACUGAUGUCGAAGGUCAAGAAACUCCCGAAGAGGCUGCACGACACCGACGCGUAUCAGGGUCUGCUGGCACACGUGAAAAAUUUCAUGUCCGUGUGUCCUCUGGUCGGAAGCUUGAAGCGGUCCAAGUUAUCUCGCCGUCAUUGGGAAGAGCUCAUCAGUGCAAGCAAGGCGGAGGUUCCUGGGUUCUCUGUCCACGACGUGGAAGAACGUCUUCGCCUGGAGGAUUUGAUGAGUCUCGAUCUGGUCUCGAUGGCUGCCGAGGUAGAAUCAAUCGCAGAGAAAGCCACCAAGGAGGCCCACCAGGAGACCUCUCUUAUGGUACUUCAGUCAACCUGGGAUCGCAUUGAGUUCUCAGCAACGACUACCACUGAAACAGACACUCCUCUGAUCAGCAUGACCGAGGAAGAUCUCGAGACGCUGGAAUCGGACAUGUUGAUUUCUCAAUCGAUGGUGGCAUCCCGUUACACCUACUUCAAGAAGGAAAGUCUGGAAUGGCAGCGCUCGCUCUCUUUCGUCAGCGACGUGAUGACCAUGCUCAACGGCAUUCAGCAAAUGUGGAGGUACCUGGAGCCAUUGUUUAUCCAUUCCGACGAGGUCAAGAAAGAACUGCCACUGGACACCAAACGAUUCGAAAAGAUCGAUGGAGAAGUGAAGGCAACGCUCAUGGAGCUAUGGAAAGUCAAGAAGGUGAAGGCUGCCUGUAAUAAACCGGGCCUCGUCCCGAAACUUGAGAUCGUUGUUGUGGAGCUUGAAAAGUGCAAGAAGUCCCUCAGCGAGUACCUCAGCGGGAAGAAGCGGCUAUUCCCUCGAUUCCACUUCACGAGCGAGGCAGACCUACUGGACAUUCUCUCUAACGGAAACCAGCCCAGCAAAAUCAUGCGGCACGUCAACAAACUCAUGCUCUCAACAAGAACCCUUGUGCUCGAGAGCGUUCCCGGCAACGUUAGCGAUCGCCCGCGCGCUAUUCGCUUUGAGGCGGGGGUUGGAGACGAGAUUAUUGACUUCGAGCCCGCCGUUCUCCUGGAGGGCAAGGUUGAAAAUUAUCUCCAAGCAGUAUUGAACUGCCAGCGGAAGACUUUGGGAAAUACCCUCAAGCGGUCGCUCAAUCGCUACCCAAAUCAGGCGCGGGUGGAAUGGCUCAUGGAUGCUGAUCCACCCGGUUCAGUCAGCAAGACCGACCCUGCACAGAUUGCUCUUCUCGUGGCCGGCAUCAACUACGUCUUUGAAGUGGAAGCUACGUUGGACCGGGUCCAAACGGGAGACAACUCCGCUCUAACCGGAUAUCAUGACCUUCAAGUGAAUCAGCUCAACCAGCUCAUCGAAUUGACGAGAUCAGAAUUGAAGCGGGACGACCGGCAACGCAUCAUGAGCCUCAUCACCGUGGAUGCUCAUGCUCGCGACAUUGUGCUCAUGUUGAUUCGAGAGAAUGUCACCGACAAGGAUGACUUUCAAUGGGCUUCUCAGCUUAAGCAGCGCUACAAGGGAGAGUCAGGCCACCCAAGGGACUCCAAACUCCCUUUGGCGACGAUCGACAUACUAGAUGCCUCGUUUGAGUACGGCUUCGAGUUUCUCGGGAACGGGCCUCGUCUCGUGAUCACACCCUUGACAGAUAGAAUUUACGUAACGGCCACGCAGGCGCUACACCUGAAGAUGGGAUGUGCCCCUGCUGGCCCGGCUGGCACGGGUAAAACAGAAACGACGAAGGACCUUGCCGCUGGUCUCGGAAAUUGUUGCUAUGUGUUCAACUGCUCGCCUGAGAUGGACUAUCAGAGUCUCGGCGAUAUUUUCAAAGGCUUGGCAUCCUCCGGGGCCUGGGGAUGCUUCGACGAAUUCAAUCGUCUUGUACCGGAGGUGCUCUCCGUAUGUUCCUUGCAAUUCAAGGCGGUCACCGACGGCUUGAAGGCGCACGCAGUGGCUUGCGCCGACGGAAACAGGGACGAUCACUCACCACCUUCUAUCGUGAUCGAAGACGAUCGUGUUAGCUUGGACCCUGGUUGUGGGGUUUUCAUUACAAUGAACCCGGGCUAUCUCGGGCGUUCGGAACUACCGGAGGGGCUCAAGGUGUUGUUCCGACCUAUCACGGUCAUGGUUCCUGACCUGGUUCUCAUCUGCGAAAACAUGCUGAUGGCGGAAGGGUUCGUGCAAGCGAAGACACUUGCCUCCAAGUUCCAUGGCCUUUACUCGCUUCUGCAGGAGUUACUCAGCAAGCAGGAUCACUAUGAUUGGGGGAUGCGAGCAGUAAAGUCGGUGCUGGUGGUUGCAGGGAAACUCAAGCGCGCGGAGCCAGACCUCCCAGAAGACUCACUCCUCAUGCGGGCCCUACGAGACUUCAAUACGCCCAAAAUUGUUCAUAGUGACGAGGCUGUGUUCUUCGGUCUCCUCAACGAUCUGUUCCCGUCUAUUAACCCUCCGAGACUAGUCAACGACAGUCUCAACGCGUGCGUUCGAGAAGUGUGUGAAGACAUGAACUUGUGGCCCGACGAAGCGUUCGUCCUCAAAAUAUCGCAACUGGACGAACUCUUGGCAAUUCGACACUGCAACUUCGUCGUGGGCCAAGCUGGUGCUGGUAAAAGCAGCUGCUGGAAGGUGCUUAAGGAAGCCCGAAGCCGUAUGGACCCCAGCAACAAGGUCAAGGACGUUGAUAUUAACCCCAAGACCAUGCCCACGGAAGAACUCUACGGCCAUAUUUCCUUGGCUACAAGAGAAUGGAAGGAUGGGGUGCUGAGCACAGUUAUGAGAGACCUCGGAGCCAUUCCCAACGAGGCACCGAAGUGGAUAGUGCUCGACGGGGAUCUCGACGCGAAUUGGAUCGAAAGCAUGAAUUCCGUGAUGGACGACAACAAGGUGCUUACUCUGGCCUCCAACGAACGUAUCCCACUUCGAGCCAACAUGCGGAUGAUUUUCGAAAUCCGGGACCUCAAAUAUGCCACACCGGCGACCGUGAGCCGCGCCGGGAUUUUGUACAUUUCAACAGUCGAGGGGCAACAGUGGCACUCUCUCAUCGCGAGCUGGGUAACUGGUUCGGGUUACAGCGAAGAAGUCAAGUCUCAGUUGUCUGGGUUAUUUGAGUUGUACGUCCCAAGAGCGGUGCAGCUUCUGUCCACCCAACUGAAGACCAGCGUGGAGUGCGAGUCUACAACCGCUGUUUCAGCCCUGUUGCAGCUUCUGGAGGGAUUUCUCAAGAACAGCAUGCUAUCCGAUGGAUCUAUGGUGGAGCAUUCCUUUGUUUUCUGCACAAUCUGGGCCUUUGGUUCGACUCUGGGGGUCGGAGAUGAUGGAGUCGACUACCGCAAGACGUUUUCUGACUGGUGGCGACGGGAAUUCAAUAAAGCGGUCAAAUUACCAUCCCGAGAUACAAUCUUCGACUACUUCUUGUCUGUUGAGAACGGCGAGUGUCGCUUUGAGCCGUGGACGAAACACAAGAUUUUCAAAGUAAUCGACUUCAACUCGAGCAAGAUGAAGAUGAACGAGGUAACGGUACCAACAGCAGAGACCGCUUCGGCGACGUUUUGGAUGGAGCAACGUAUGGCCAUGGGCAAGGCAGUGAUGCUCGUUGGUCCUGCAGGAACCGGAAAGACCCAGCUGGUCAUGGGCGCCCUGAGAAGCUUGAUGGGAAAACCUGGAGCGGAUUACAUGAUGGCUAAGAUCAACAUGAACUUUUACACAAGUGCUUCUGUUUUGCAGUCUAGUAUGACAGCCAGUCUACAGAAAAAGUCCGGGAGCAACUACGGACCUCCAGGAUCAUCGAAGAUGUUUUUUUUCGUGGACGAUUUGAACCUGCCAGCUCUCGACGCGUACAAUACUCAAUCGGCUAUUGCUCUCAUCCGGCAGCACAUUGACUACGGACACUGGUACGCAGCAUCCAAGCUUGUUGUGCAAAACAUCAGUGAUUGCCAGUACGUGGCCGCAAUGAAUCCAACAGCAGGUAGCUUCCAGAUCAACCCUCGCCUGCAACGGCACUUCUUGGUGUUUGCCAUUGGCAUGCCAAGCCCGACCUCCCUCCUGGCUAUUUUCGAGACCUUUUUGGAAGGACAUCUCCGGCAAGAGAAGCAAGGCAAACGGUUCCAAGUCGGUGUCGUGCAAGUUUGCGCCAGCCUGAUUAAGGGUGCUCUGAGUGUUCACAAGGAGGUUAGCGAUAAUUUCCGCAAAACAGCGGCGAACUUCCACUACGAAUUCAACAUGCGACAUCUCACCAAUGUGUUCGAGGGUCUACUCAAGGCACACCCCAAGAACUUCGUGCAUGGCGAGCAGCUGGUUCACCUUUGGCUACACGAAAGUGAACGUGUGUAUGGAGACCGGUUGGUGUGCCGACGAGACAUUGACAAGUUCCGGAGCAUCAUGUCCUCUCAGGCUAAAAAGGCUUUCCCGCAGUACAACUGCACACGUUUCUUCAUGGAACCAUCCACAAUGAGUAACGCAGGCGGAUCUGGACAGCCGCUCAUUUUUAACUUUUCAGCCGAGGGAGAGUAUUCAGAAACGCUGGACGCCGCCCUGGCGGAGUACAAUGCAGCGAACGCUGUGAUGGAUUUGGUUCUUUUCGAUGAGGCAUGCCUGCACGUCGCUCGCGUGAGCCGCGUCUUACAACAAGCUGGCGGACAUGCCAUGUUGAUCGGUGUCGGAGGAAGCGGUAAACAAUCUCUGGCCAAGUUGGCCGUUUACAUGGCGGAGCUCGCCCCUAUGACCGUGGUCAUAAGCAAGAGCUACAGCCUCAACGACUUCAAGGCCGACCUGCAGGCCAUGUUCACGAAAGCAGGAGUGAAAGGGCAAGGAGUUGGCUUCCUCUUCACGGAUAACCAAAUUGUUCAGGAGCGUUUCUUGGUAUAUCUGAAUGAUUUGCUCAGUUCCGGGCACGUUCCUGAUCUUUAUACGAAGGACGAACAACUUGCAAUUUCAGAGAGCUUGGUCGAAGUGGUCAAGGCUAAAGGGGUCGCCCCUGAACCUUCUGCGUGCUGGGACCACUUCAUCCAACAAAUCAGAGAAAAUCUGCAUGUCAUCUUGUGCUUCUCUCCAAUGGCUCCAGAGUUCCGGAACCGGGCCCGCAAGUUCCCUGCGCUUGUGUCUUGCACAGUUAUUGACUGGUUCCAGCCGUGGCCCAAGGAAGCCCUAGCGAGUGUGGGCACGCGAUUCCUGGCAAAGAGUAUCUAUCUCGAUGGAGACGGCGUACGGGCUGGAGUCGAACAGUUUAUGAUUCACAGCUUCGAGGGAGUCAACACCAUGUGUACAAAGUUCUUGGCAGCCGAGGCUCGGCAUGUGUACACCACACCCAAGUCCUACCUGGAAUUGUUGAAGCUGUUCACUUCCCUUCUAGACAGAAAGCACAUCGAGGCAGAUGCCGCUAUUCAACGUCUGGAAGGAGGCGUGUUGAAACUAGCGGAAUCAGCAGAGGCCGUGGCAAAUCUUGAAGAAAAUCUCAAGGUGAUGCUUGCUUCCGCAGAGGAGAAACGCGCCCAGGCGGACAAGAUGGCCGACCAGGUGCGGAUGGAACGGGAAGGGGUUGGGCGAGAGACAGAAAAUGCCAACAUCGAGGCAGACAAGGUGGCCAUCAUUCAGAACGAGGUAUCACGGAAGCAGGCGGAUGCCGAAAACGACCUCGCCAAGGCAGAACCUGCAGUGCUCGCGGCCAUGAGUGCUUUGGAUACAUUGGAUAAAUCCCAGCUAGGACAGUGCAAGACUAUGAGUGUUCCUCCUCCUGGCGUGGUGGACAUUUUCAUCGCAUGCAUGGUGCUACUGGCGACCCUCAGCGACAACGUAGUGGUGAGCAAGCAGACCGGCAAGGUCCGAGAUAAGGAUCGCACGUGGGACAGCGUGAAAAAGUCGCUGCUGGGAAAUAUCAACGGCUUCCUGGAAGAGCUGAAGGAGUUCAAAGGAGCCGUGGACGACGGAUCGGUGCCAGAAAUCAAUAUCCGCGAAGUUAGGCCCUUCCUUGACCUGGAGCACUUUAGAGUGGAAGUCAUCGAGAAACGAAACUCUGCGGCUGCAGGUCUUUGCUCCUGGGUGCUCAACAUCGUCCAGUACUAUGACAUAGUGCGGACAGUGGAGCCUAAGCGACGAGCCCUUCAGGAAGCGAACGACCAGCUUGAAUCCGCAAAUAACGAGCUCGGGGAGGUGAGAGCACGCUUAUCGCAGCUGGAAGCAACACUUGCGAUCUUGAACGCCGAGUAUGAGAGGGCAGAGGGCGAAAAGCAAGAGGCGCAAGCCACGUAUGAGCGGGGAAAGACCAAGAUAGAGCUGGCGAGGCGCCUCGUGUCCAGCCUGGGAGGAGAGACGGAGCGCUGGGCAACAGGAGUGAAAACGUUGAGGGAGGAGAAGGAAAAUCUUGUCGGUGAUGUUCUUGUCGCAAGCGCAUUCCUCAGCUAUGUCGGUCCCUUCACCAAACCUUUCCGGGAGCAGUUGGUGAAAGAGCAGUGGCUCCCGGUCAUGGCAAAAUCCGUAAACAACGGUCCGAUGCCCAUGAGCGCUGCAGCUGACCCUUUACGUGUUUUGACGAACGAAGCCGAGAUCGCCAAGUGGAACUCCCAAGGACUACCCGCUGAUCCUGUGUCGUCAGAAAAUGGAGCAAUCGUGGACAACUGUGCGCGUUGGCCUCUCAUAAUUGAUCCACAGCUUCAGGGCAUCACCUGGUUAAAGCUGAAGGAGGCAUCCCAGAACCUUCAAAUCCUGCGCCUUGGCCAGAACGACUUACUUCGUAGGCUUCAAGAGGCGAUGGAACGAGGGUUUUCGGUGAUCAUUGAAAACAUGGGCGAGUCCAUUGACCCCAUUGUUCUGCCAGUUGUCACUAGGGCUUUCACCCGGAGAGGCAACCGCAGUGUCAUUCUGCUGGGUGAUGAUGAGGUUGAGCAGCACCCCGACUUUAGGAUGUUCCUGCACACCAAGCUCUCGAAUCCACACUACCCCCCAGAAGUCCAGGCGGAGACAACAGUUGUGAACUUCAUGGUCACCCCGACGGGGCUAGAGGAUCAGCUUUUGGCCGUCGUGAUCAAGACAGAGAGGCCAGACUUGGCUGCACACAGGACAGCUCUCCUCCACCAGCAAAACCAGUUCAAGAUACGCAUACGAGAGCUAGAGGAUGAUAUCCUUCUGCGCUUGACCGAGUCUUCUGGCGAUGUCACGGAAGAUCGAGCCCUUGUGGAAGGACUGGAAGAGUCGAAGAAACUGAGCAAAGGAAUUACCCAAAAGUUGGCUGAGAUGAAGGUGGCAACCGAGAAGAUCAUUUUCCUAUCCGAGGAAUACAGGGACGUCGCGAGGAGAGGCAGCCUGCUCUACUUUGUUAUCACUGAUCUUCACAAGAUGAACUCUCUCUACGUGUACAGCCUGAACGCCUUCGUGGCGAUCUUCCAGUGUGGAAUAGACCUGGUGAACGAGGAAGCUCGCGGGAAGAAGCAAGGAUCGGUGAACAACGACGGGUCGGCACCCCGAAAGAAACGACAAUCGCGGGUGCAAUCUUUCGGGUGGAACCAGGACUUGAUGCGGCAAUCGAUCGAAUUGAGUGAAGACCAAGCGCGGAAAAGCGUCGGGGGCGUCGGCAACUUCCUGCGCAUGGAAGAAAAUGACGAAAGCCCUGUUGCGCGAGACACGCUCUUGGCCAAGAUUCCUCGACUGCAAGCGCGCAUCACACUCGUGGUAUUCAACUACGUGCGACGCGGGCUGGUGGAGAAGGACAAACUCAUUGUGGCCAGCUUAAUUGCUCUUAGAAUACUGAGACAUGGAGACAGCGGUGGGCGGAGUGCAACAGAAGCUUUCAUUUCACCCCAACCAAGCGGAGACUCGGUUGUAUAUCCACAAGAGGCACGCAGAAUACUACCGGAACACACGUGGAGGUGCUUCAUGGGUUUGGAGCGCCUCGGAGAGGAAAAUGCCGUGUUCCAAGAAAUUGCUGCCAAAUUCGUUAUGUUCGCCGAGGAAUGGGUAGAUUGGUACGAGAGCCCUUGCCCAGAAGAAGAUCCGUUGCCGGGAGACUUCGCCACAGCCGGAGAGAUUCAGACUCUGUGCAUCCUUCGGGUGCUGCGGCCUGAUAGAAUAACGUUCGCCCUUCGCAAAUUCGUCUCAAAAGUCUUGGGCGAAAAUUUUGUCGCUCAGCCUCCGUUUUCCAUGCGGAGUGUGUACGAAGAUAGCUCGGCGUCUACGCCAAUCUUGUUUCUCCUAUUUCCUGGCAUGGAUCCUGCAGCGUGGGUUGAAGGUCUAGGGCGAGAGAUGAAUAUCAGCACGACCAACGAGAUGCUGUCCAAUACCUCAAUGGGUCAGGGCCAAGAGUCUAAGGCGGAGCGCACGAUAAAGAAGUUCGGGCAAAAGGGUGGGUGGGUCAUGCUGCAAAACGUUCACCUCAUGCAGUCGUGGCUACCCACAUUGGUCUUGACGCUCGAGGGGAUUAGUGGCAAGGUCAACGAGACGUUCCGGUGCUUCCUCUCAGCAGAGCCCCCUCCACUACCCACGAUGCAAAAUAUGCCAGAAGCUCUCCUCCAGUCUUGCCUGAAGGUAGCCAACGAGGCACCUGCAGAUCUACGGUCAAACCUGCAGCGAUCUUGGGCAAUGUUCGAUCAGGAGAAGCUUGAUUCAUGUACGGCAGCGAAAGAGUUUAGAGCUUGUCUCUUCGGGCUCUGCUUCUUCCACUCACUUGUUUUGGGUCGUCGACGCUUCGGGCAGCUGGGUUGGUCGCGGUCCUACGGGUUUGCAGCAGGGGAUCUCAACAUUUGCGCCAACAUCCUCCACAGCUACUGGGAAGCAGCCGUUUCCGCGGACGGACGCGGUGCACCUUGGCAGGAGUUGCGCUACAUCUUCGGGGAGAUCAUGUACGGGGGUCACAUCACUGACUUCUUCGAUCGUCGAGUAACGACAUCCUACCUGGAGGAAAUAUUUGAUCAAGGGAUUUUCGAGGGGAAACCGCUAGCACCUGGAUUCGCUGCCCCCGAGCCAGAGGGCAUGGAUCACCACCUCUAUAGCGUGCAUAUCAAGAAUUCCCUGCCGGAAGAGACGCCGGGCAUGUUCGGGAUGCCAGCGAACGCAGAAACUGGAUACCUGACCAACGCUGCGGAUGAGAUAUUUGCUGCGUUCUUGAGGUUGGAGACUGUGGGUGCCGGUAGCACUGCAAGCAGACAGCACGAGGAAGAUGAUUCAAGCGCAGCUUCCACAGCAACUGGAGGUACGGUAGUACCCAGUUUCACAACGGCAGACUCUAUUCGACAGCGUCUCCUACCUUCCCUGCCAACAAGUUUCGACGUGAACGCCAUCGAAGCACAGGCGAGAAGUCUCCUCGACACGGACCAGGGUCCCUACGUGGUGGUAGCAGUUCAAGAGUGCAGUCGAAUGAAUGUUCUCCUGUUCGAACUGAAGCGUUCUCUUCUAGAGCUUGUGAAAGGAAUGGACGGUCAGCUUAACAUGACUCAAGCGAUGGAAGAUCUGCAAACAGCCCUUGCCAAAAAUGAGGUGCCAGGGCGUGACCUGUAUAGCACUUGCUCGUGGGAACGACACGCGUGGCCAUCGCGAAAAACUCUGUCGUCGUGGCUGGCGGAUCUAGUGGAACGGGUAGGGCUUCUUCGGCGGUGGACAGCAAAGUUGUCAACACUUCCGAACCCGUUGUGGCUCCCUGGACUUUUUAACCCAACGGCAUUUCUAACAGCCUUAAAGCAAGUAACUUCUCGCAAGCUCGGCUUGCCCCUCGACAAAAUAACUGUGGAGACCCGGGUGACAUGCAUGGAAACAUCCGAGGAAACCGCGGCAGUCGGAGCCUUGCCACCUCAGGGUGCAUUGGUUAACGGAUUCUUCAUUGAAGGUGCCAGGUGGAAUCGCUGCGGCCAGGCAGACGAAGACGAGGAGGAAAUGGAGGACAUUUCAGCACGGCUCAGGCUAAUAGCAGAGAGGAGAGCGGCUGAGGAAACUGUGGAGGAAAUAGUGCGGUCGGAAGGCCAUCUAGCCGACUCGCGCCCCAAGGACCUGAUGUCGUGGCUACCUAUUGUCUACGUGAAGGCCGUGCCAGUAGUGGAUGCAUGGACGCCGACUUCGGUGGGGUACAUGCGCGGAGAAAGGGGCCUGUAUGACUGCCCUGUAUAUCUCACGUCCAACCGUGGGCCACACUACGUUUUCUUGGCGGGCCUCCGUACAGUUGACCCCGCUCGAAAGUGGGUGGUGGCCGGCGUUGCCCUAGUGAUGCAGUCGGAUAUGUAGAGAAAAGGCAUUGUAGAUCGAUUAACCAGUGUUGCGAAAAUAACUGUUAAUUUAAUUCACUGAUGACUUGUCAGU